CGAUAUUCAAAAUCACUCUCAGUGUGUGAUUACCUCUCUACUCUCUUUCUCUAUAUUUAUUCACACAAUCAAUUAUUAAUAAUUUGAUAGUGUCACUCUCGAGUUUUAUUCUAAUAUAUAUACAUACACAAUCACACAUACACACAUACACAUACACAUACCCCUAUAUACAAUAUGGACUUGUUAAGAGUUUUGGAAAUUAUUCCAUUGCCAUCGGCAGCCACCUGUGAAAGUAUACCUUCACUUGUUCAAUAUAUCCAUGAUGCUGUUUUGGCCACUAAUCAAAUGGAUUUAAUAUCACAAUUUGUUGUCUUGUGGUUUGCUGUGACCAUUGCUGCCACAGUUGGAUACUUUGCUGCCACUUCAAUUUCCUAUAUGAUUUUCUUUGGUAUCUUUAGAGAUUAUUUCCAUCCACCUCAUGAACCACAACCAUUCAAGGGACAAGAAUGGUUAGAAGCCAAAAUGAGUAUGAUUGCUAUUCCAUGGUUAUCCUUCUUGACCAUUCCAUUCUUUAUUGGUGAAUUGAAAGGUCAUUCUAAACUCUAUUGGCAAGCUGAAAAUGAUCCAUUGUGGUACUAUGUUGUUGUAGUGAGUGCCUUUAUCUUGUUUACUGAUAUGUGUAUUUAUUGGAUCCAUCGUUGGGAACAUACCUUCCCAUUGCUUUACAAGUAUAUCCACAAACCACAUCACAAAUGGUUGGUUGUUACUCCAUUUGCUGCAUUUGCUUUCCAUCCUUUGGAUGGUUGGGCUCAAGCUUUACCAUAUCACAUCUUUGUCUAUUUGAUUCCUAUGAAUACCAAAUUAUACAUUUCACUCUUUGUUGUUGUUCAAUUGUGGUCAAUUAACAUUCAUGAUGGUGUUGAUGCUGUCGGAAGUAGACUUGGAUCCUCUGCUAGUCAAUAUGUCAAUGGUUCUCUUCAUCACUUUAUUCAUCACACUAGAUUUGAUUAUAACUAUGGUCAAUACUUUACCAUUUGGGAUAGAAUUAUGGGAUCUCACUAUGAUCCAAAACCAGAUUUUGAUACUGGUGAUUUUAAUUUACCAAAACAAAAUUACAAUGAAGGAAUGCAUCCUGCCGAUAAGAAGAAAUCUAAAUAAAACACAUUAUAUUUUUGAACUAUU